AUGGGCAGAGGUGGUGAGAGCGGCUUCUUGCCCGGAGCAUCCACCAGCACUUUCUUGCCUCCAAUCACAUCAAAUGAUGACUUCAGCCGUGAUCCUGAGGUAUGGGAUGUUGUAGUGGUGGGAGCUGGCGUGGCAGGUUCUGCCUUGGCAUACUCACAGGGACGGGAUGGGCGGCGUGUGCUCCUAUUGGAGCGUGACUUGUCGCAGCCGGACAGAAUUGUGGGCGAGCUGUUGCAGCCGGGUGGCUACCUUAUGCUCAAGCGCCUCGGCCUGGAGCAGGCAGUGGAUGGCAUCGAUGCCCAGAAGGUGUACGGGUACUGCAUGUUCAAGGACGAGGAGGAAGCGAAGGUGAGCUAUCCGACAGAGGGCUUUGAUGGGGACGUGGCGGGGCGCUCCUUCCACAACGGCCGCUUUGUGCAGCGGCUGCGGCAGGCCGCUGCAAGCAGGCCCUCCGUCACCAUCCGGCAGGGCAUCGCCAAGCGCCUGCUCAAUGAGAGGGGAGACGAGUGGAAGGAAGACAGCGAGGAGGCGGUUAGUGGGGUGCUGUACAAGGCAGCGGACGGCUCCGAGCGCACGGCACGUGCCGACCUCAGCAUCAUCUGCGAUGGCAUGUACUCGUCGCUGCGCAGCAAGCUGUCGACGCCGCACAUCCGGCACCCCUCCUUCUUCGUGGGCCUGCUGCUGCACGGCGCGGCGCUGCCCUAUGCCAACUUUGGCCACGUCGUCCUGGCCAAGCCCUCGCCCAUCCUGUUCUACCCCAUCUCCUCCACUGAGGUGCGGUGCCUGGUGGACGUGCCGGGGGAGAGGCUGCCGAGCGAGCUGCCUGGCUACCUCCGCGCGACCGUUGCGCCGCAGGUGCCGCGGCAACUUCGUGCCGCCUUCUUGGAGGCUGUGGAUGCCGGGCGCAUCCGCAGCAUGCAGAAUAAGCUGAUGCCAGCCGCGCCCAUCCACCGGCCGGGCGCGCUGCUGCUCGGCGAUGCGUUCAACAUGCGCCACCCGCUCACUGGUGGCGGGAUGACAGUGGCGCUGAGUGACACGCUGCUGCUUUGCGACAUGCUGCGGCCGCUGCCGGAUUUCAGCGACAGCCUGGCGACCGCGGCCACCACGCACGCCUUCUACACACGCCGCAAACCCCUCUCCGCUACCAUAAAUACCCUUGCCAAUGCCCUCUACCAGGUGUUCUGCUAUAGGGGCAGCGCAGCGCACGAGGAGAUGCGGCAGGCUUGCUUCGACUACCUGCGCCUGGGCGGCUGGUACAGCGCGGGCCCCGUCAGCCUGUUGUCUGGCCUCAACCCGCGGCCCUCCAUCCUCGUUAUGCAUUUCUUUGCCGUCGCCGUCUUCGGUGUCGGUCGCCUGCUGCUGCCGCGCCCCACCCUCAGGGGGGUGUGGAUGGGUGUGCUGUUGUUGCGCUGUGCAGCAUGCAUCAUUCUGCCCAUCAUCAAGGGCGAGGGCAUUGUUGCUGUCUUCUUUCCAUACCUGAUUCGACGUCCGCUGAUCUGGUAUUACGUAAUCACUCCUCUGCCUUGA